CCAUCAUCACCCGGCCUUGCGCGAUCGUCGAAAGCAGCCCUCUGCUCCCGCUGGGCCCCUCCGUCGCAAUCGCUCCGCCAUGGGCUCUGCCAGAUCCUUGAUGCGUCUCUGUCUUCGCAGCUGCCUGCUUCUGUCGCUCGCGCUCUUUGCAGCGCCGGCGCAGGUGUGGGCCGACUCGCCUCCCGUUCGCUCGGCGCUCCUUGCCUGGGAUGCUCCCCAGAUCCAGCUCGAGCUUGUCGAGCAACUCUAUGCCACACAGGGCUCUGCAUUUGUGUUUCCCCUGGUCUCGCAGUGGGCAGAGUCGGGUCUCUUUGCCUCGCAGGACUCUCCCAAGCACCUCUAUCAGCGGCUGAUCGACGCCGUCGCUGAGCUGAUCCCAGAAAACGAUUUGUCGAUGCUCAAGCUCUCGCUGGCCAUCCAUGAAGCCGCCCCCGCCAUCCAAGCGUACCACCACUUUUACAACAACACCGUGCUGCCUGCAUUCCAGUCGCGCGGUGGGCAAUCCAAGUUUGAUCCCGAGUGCGCUGUUUGGGCCGAUGUCAAGGGCCGCCAGGCAUGCUCGGUCGCCGCCUUGGAUGACCUGAUCAAGAACGUCGGGCAGCUCAAUGGACAUUUCCCCGAGGAGCUCCCCCUUGACCAUAUCUACGGCAAGACAGGCUUCCCGCUCGUUCUCUACGCCAAUGUCGCAGCCGAGAGCUUCGCCCCGCUCCACAAGCGACUGAUCCGCCUUGCCGACUCGGGUGCCUUCCGGUACAUCCUGCGGUACCGCCCACCUGCGCACUCCACCGCCGAGCGGCUGCAUCUCUCUGGCUAUGGAGUCGAGCUGGCCAUCAAGAGCACCGAGUACAAAGUCACCGACGACCGCGAUGUCGCCGAAGGCACCGAAGCCAGCGCAACACCGGAGCGCGUCGAUACUUCGAGCGAGCACGCUCUUGAUCUGGACGAAGAGACCCCUGUCGUCAAGUCGCUGACCUCCAAGGAUCUGCGCGAGCUGGGCCUGAAGACGGCUCAGUACAUUCUCGACAGCAGCGACCCUCUGUCGACCCUGGCCAAGGUCAGCCAGAACUUCCCAAAGUACUCUCACCGACUCGUCGGCCAGGCUAUCAACGACACCCUGCGUGAUGAAGUUGGACAGAACCAGGUCACGAUCAUGAACGGCGGAACCAGCGCCUUGUGGCUCAACGGAAUCGAGCAGGACAUUGAGCGUCUUGACAUCUAUCGCCUGAUCAAAACCAUUCGAUCCGAGUCCAAGAUUGUAUCGAGCCUCAAGUCGCUUGGCCUGACCUCCAAACAGUCGGUCGACCUCCUGACGACGUCGCUGGUGGACACGUCGACCCCACAGGGUCUGCCUUGGGGCGAGAGCUUUGACGUGCGCGAUCCCAACGUGCUGUGGUGGAACAACCUCGAGAAGGACUCUCGAUACAUUCACUUCCCCAACUCUCUUCGAGAGCUUCUCCACCCGUCCUACCAACAGGGUCUCCGGUACAUCCGAAAGAACAUUUUUUCCGUCGUGAUCUGUGCCGACCUCUCCUCCACCGACCACCUGCACAUCCUCAGCGAGACCCUGGACUUUGUCGUCAAGGGCGUGCCUCUCCGAUUUGGCUUCAUACCACUGGCAGGCGACGACGAGACUUCAACCCUGGCCGUCAAAGCUUUCCAGGCCCUCUGGAUCGCCAACCGCAAGAGUCGGAAGCAUCAGCGGCACUAUAUCGAGCAGUUGCACAAGCAUCUGGUCAGUGCAGCCGCCGGAUCAGUGUCGAAGGACGAGAUUGUCGACUCGAUCCACGCCAUCUUCAAGGACAUGACCGGGACCGCCCUUUCCAGCGCGCUCGCUGAGCACAAGGAUGAGAUUGACGCCUACAUGAGCCAGAUCCACGAGUUCCAGUCCAAGUUUGGACUGUCGCGCAAGGGCGGUAUGUUCUUGAAUGGAAAGUAUAUCGACCUGGACGAGUCCUACCAGCAGGCCAUGAUGCAGGCGUAUUUUACCCAGCUCGAGUGGCUGACCCAGCAGAUCUACACCCGCCAAGUGAGCGACAGCACAAAGUCUCUGUACAACUUCUUCCUGGGCCUCCCCGGCGUCUUCAAGCGGCGCAACCCAUACAUCUUCACCUCCGAGGCGCAUCCGCUCCGAAUGGUGAACCUGAUGGGUCUCAAAUCCGAAGAGCACACCAAUCGCUUCGAUAAGCUUGUCUAUCUUACCGGCGUCGAGGCGCCUCAAGCUGACGACAGUGCUGAAAAGCCCGAAGCCAAGGCCCCGAGCAAGAGUGGUAGCGAUGUCUCCCUUGUGAUCAUCUCUGAUCUGGAGUCUCAGGAUGGAGUUGACUUGGCUCUCGAAGCACUGGAAUAUGUGCGCGGUGCACCCGACGUCCGCGUCAGCUUCGUUCACAACCCUCGGCAGCCCACCAAGGUACUCAACAUCAAUCAGGCUCUUGGCCGUCACGACGGAGGCGCGCUGGAGCGUAUCAACCAUGCCAGCGAGAUUCUCAAGCUUGGUCUGGCCUCGAUUCGCGCCGACCACGAUGACGCCGUGCCUUUGCUCAGCCAGAGCUUUGUGACGGAGGAGUUGGGCCUGAACUCUGGCGAUCGCGCCAUCCUGAUUAACGGUCGAGUGGUCGGACCGCUCGCUCCCCAGUUCCAGUUCGCGGCCGAGGACUUCAAGACCCUAGUCCAGGCCGAGCUCCAGCAGCGCAUCGGCACGGUUUCCAAGAAAGUCCGUGGGAUCCUGGGCGAUAGCAGACCUGCUGAUGAAAUCUCGUCGAUCAUCCAGAAAGUGACAUCCCUGGCUGGCGCUGUUGCUGCCGAGCCCGCCGGACUCUCCGCCACAGUGCAAGAUCGGGCCUCGGCUGGAAUUCUGGUCCAGUGGAAGGACAAUCACUCUGCCUUCCAAGUCGGAGAUGCCGAUUCUGCCUCAAUCCACAUUAUUGCGGUCUUGGAUCCGGUCAGCAAGGAGGCCCAGAAGGUCUCGUCGAUCCUGAGCGUGCUCUCCAAGCUCGGCGGGAUUCACAUCAAGGUCCGGAUGAACCCGCAGCUUAAGCUUGUGGAUGUGCCCCUGAUCCGAUUCUACCGCUACGUACUCUCGCCCGAGCCUGCUUUUGACGACUCUGGCGCCGUCGCCAGGGUCUCGGCAGAGUUCUUCAACAUGCCUGUGGAUCCCCUGCUCACGCUUGGCAUGGACGUUCCCGGGGCCUGGCUUGUCACCGCCGUGGAGUCUGUCCACGACCUCGAUAACAUCAAGCUCUCCAAAGCCAGCUCGGUCGAGGCCACCUUUGAGCUCGCGCAUAUCCUGACCGAGGGCCACGCGCGGGAGAUUCCUGGAAAUCGCCCGCCCCGUGGCCUGCAGUUUAUCUUGGGAACCGAGUCGAGUCCGGCUAUGGUCGACACCAUCACCAUGGCCAAUCUGGGCUACCUGCAGUUCAAGGCCAACCCGGGUGUCUGGCGGCUGGGUCUCCGCGAGGGCCGCAGCCACGAGCUCUACACGAUCGAGGGCGCCAGCACCAGCAGCACCUCGACCUCGACCGGAGCCAGUGACAAGAACGGCGUCGUCCAGGUCGUUCUCAAUUCGUUCGAGGGCGUCACGAUCUACCCUCGAGUGCGCAAGCUUCCAGGGAAGGAGAAGGAGGAUGUUCUGCAGCCCGAGAAGCAGCCCGAGGCAAACACUGGCUUGUGGGCAUCGCUCAAGUCGCGGGUCUUUGGCGCCCCCGCCAAGAACGCAACGACCAUCAACGUCUUUUCGGUCGCCUCUGGUCAUUUGUACGAGCGCUUCCUCGGCAUCAUGAUGCUCAGCGUCGUCCAGCAGACACAGAGUCCCGUCAAGUUCUGGCUGAUCGAGAACUUUUUGUCUCCAAAGUUCAAGAACUUCCUGCCUCAUCUCGCGCGAGAGCACAAGUUCGAUUACGAACUGGUGACAUACAAGUGGCCCCACUGGCUCCGAGCGCAAUCCGAGAAGCAGCGCACGAUCUGGGGAUACAAGAUCCUGUUCCUGGAUGUCCUCUUCCCCCUGAGUCUCGACAGAGUCAUCUUUGUGGACGCUGAUCAGGUGGUGCGAACAGAUCUCAAGGAGCUCGUCGAACUCGAUAUGAACGGCGCCCCGUACGGCUACACCCCCUUCUGCGACAGCCGCAAGGAGAUGGAUGGCUUCCGGUUCUGGAAGCACGGCUACUGGCAAACGCAUCUGCAGGGCCUGCCUUACCACAUCAGUGCCCUCUACGUCGUCGACCUGGUGCGCUUCCGCGAGAUGGCGGCGGGCGACCGCCUGCGCCAGCAGUACCAGAUGCUCAGCGCCGACCCCAACUCCCUUGCCAAUCUGGACCAGGAUCUGCCCAACAGCAUGGUCCACCAGAUUCCGAUCUAUUCUCUGCCUCAGGAGUGGCUUUGGUGUGAGACCUGGUGCAGCGACGAACAGCUCAAGACGGCCAAGACCAUCGAUCUGUGCAACAACCCGCUGACCAAGGAGCCCAAGCUCGAGCGAGCCCGCCGGAUCCUGCCAGAGUGGGAGGGUCUUGACGAACAGGUGCAUGCAGUCGAAACCAAGGUUGCGACUGCACAGCAGGACGGCGGCGGUGGCAAGUUCAAGGACGAGCUGUAGGCAGACCCGAUUCUCUUUGAGUUGGUUGGUUGGUUGGUAUGCGACGGCUCGUCCGUUUGCAGUACAGCCAGCUCCGCUUUCCUCUGGGAUCAAUAGAACUCGCACCAGCGACUCUAUCUGC